UUGGUUCGGAUCGGAUUUCAGAAUCCAUGGGAUAGCUGGCAUAAGCCCACGCUAUCAGAAGUAUGGAAUGGAUUGCGUUGGACACAACAGGGAGAAGAGCCAAAGCAUAAAGGCCAUACCGAAUUCGAGGCCUAUCGUACUGCAAUCGAAGAAGCGAGAAGGAAAGAAUCAGGUCAGGCGAGCGAGCAAGAGGAUGAGUCAAAGGGCACUCUGAAUGCCUCUCAAGAGCAUCUACUACCUUCAAAGGACGCAGGCGAAUUGAAGGAAUCCGAUCUUGCAAUCCACAAGCCAGACUUUUCCCAAUCUCCGGAUGAUGCCACUUCAGUCAAAGCUACUUGGCUAGGACAUGCGACUGUAUUACUCCAGCUACCAUCUUCCAAAGCCAAUCCAUCAAGCGAGCCCAUACGAAUCCUUUUCGAUCCAAUCUUCUCUCACAGAUGUUCUCCAACGCAAUACAUUGGGCCAUCAAGACUAUAUCCUGCCCCGUGCACAGUUGCCGAUUUGCCAAAGAUUGACGCUGUUUGCAUCAGCCAUUCACAUUACGAUCAUUUGGAUUACGAUAGCAUCAUUCAGCUAUGGCGUGCGAAUGUUGAGGGAAUUCGAUUCAUCGUUCCUUUGGGCAACAAAGCAUGGUUUUUGGGACUUGGUUUGAAUAUUGACGAAGAACGUGUAUCGGAAUUGGAUUGGUGGGACGAAGUAUGGUUGACCCAGGAAGGGCGACAAGACGAAGGAAGGAAAGCUAGAGUCAUCUGUACACCUGCACAACAUGGAUCAGGGCGAUACGGAUUUGAUGCUAGCAGAAGUUUGUGGAGCAGUUGGACGAUCGAAUACACGCAUACAUCCCAACAAAAACCCUUCCGGGCUUUCUUUGGUGGCGAUACAGGCUUUCAAUUUCAUUCUUCCUCUCCUCAAGCGACUCGAUAUCCAACAUGUCCUGCAUUUGCUGAAGUGCAGAAAGAGCUCGGCUCGCCACACCUUAGUUUUUUGCCAAUCUCAGUCGGUGCGACAUUUAACUUUGUCAAGUCGUACGAUGCUCUUGGUGUCGUGCCAGAAAUGGAUGGAGGAUUGACGGGAGCUAAUCAUAUGACUCCGUUUGAUGCAGUAAGGGUUGCAAAAAUCUUGGCCGGUGAACCAGGUGAAGAAGAUCGUCAGCCAGAUCAAAGUUCGGGUCAGCAAAAUGGAUUUGAUAUACCUCAGCAAUCUGUUGUCAUGGCGAUCCAUUGGGGCACAUUCGUAAGCGGAAUGGAUGAAAUUCGAAGAUCGAUGCACGAUUUGGAAUCUGCAUGUGCAGUGCAAGAUGUUUUAUAUGCUCGA